UAUUAGAUUUAAAGAACAUAGAUCCUAGUUAUUUUAAAAUUGUUAAAAUAAAUGAGAUUCUUGGAAUACAUCCAGAAAUUUUCAGGUUUGAAUUAAAACCUGGUCUCUCAAAAGUUGUAACACAAAUAAAUUUUGAUCGAUUUAAUAUUUGGGAAAGAAACCCAGAUAAAAACGAUUUAGAAUUUCAUUAUUUUGAACUAUACAACACUAGGAAUACCGGGAUUUUAUUUGAUGUACACACAUCAGGUACUGGAGGAGGAGAGACAUUUCAGUUCUCAUUAGGAGGAGGAUCCUCGUCUUUCAUAGGUUUGAUUGAAUUCUACUGGCAUUUGAUAAGGGCGUUUGCUGAGAAUAUUAAUACCGAUAUUAAAUUUGAUGUCAACGAUAGGUUUGAUGCUUUGUACCAUCCUCACGCAACCAUAAAAGAUAAUAUAUCAAGAUACCAAGAGUUUAAUUCAUUUUAUCGUGAAGAAUUCGUUCAAAUAACUGAUGGAGAACUUAUCAUCUGGGAUUCAAAAUCACCUUAUGACCCACAUCCAAAUGUAUCAACUCAUAAUGAUGGUUCUCCACUAUUAUCCUCCGGAAAGCAGUUAUCAUGUAAAAGUUUUCAAGUAUACAGAAAACUUAACUUAAUUCAUUUAAUCGAAAUAAGAUUGGAAAAUGGUGAAAUUGUAUACUUUAAAAAAGUAGAUGAUUCAGUUCUUGAACAUGGUCAACCUCCGAAAUUCGAGAGGGUUGAUGAAGAAGAGUUUGUUAGCAGCAAAACUAGACUUGGAUUUGACGAAUUGAUGGGGAAAGCAUUUGAAAAAAUUUCAGAACCACCUAUUACUGAAAGUGAAAACUCUUUUGGUGAAAUUGAUGUUAGUAUGAAAAAAUAUUAUUUGAAUUAUUUGAGGCGUAGUUUGUAUGGAAUCAGACAAGUUACCAUUGAUAUGAUAGGCCAAAGAUAUUUUAGAUCUUUUAAUUAUGAAGGCCAGAAUAUUGUUGAAUAUAGAUAUGGAGAUGUUUAUCGAAUUAAUAUAAUCAAAUCCAAUGAGGGAACAAAGUAUAUAGAGAUAAUUUCAAUGACACGUGGAAACAUUGAGAGAAUAUACUUUGCAAAAAAACGAAAUGAAACAGCAUGGAAAAAAUUUACAAAUUAUGAUUUUGACAAUGCGUUGAGAAAUGAAAUAAAUUACAAGGGUCAAUGUAUUGAUUGUGUUGACGUAAAAACAAUAGUAGAUGAUCUACCGUCAGAAAUCAAGAUCCAAAUUAAUCCGGAGUACAAAAGACAGCCCUCUAAAUAUAAUAAUAAAAAACAUCCUAGUUCACCAACUAACGUGAAUAUAAAAGGUGGUGGUUUACGAGUCAACUCUAGUUUCAAAAUUAAUAAAAGUUCCUUAGUGUUAUUAGCAAUUUUGUUAAGUCUAAUUUAA